AUGACAAUAAUAUGGCUCACAUUACUCCUUUUCAUACAAUACGUGCAUCCGCAAGAAGGAGAAGAAAUACAUAUUGAUGUUUGGAGAGACCCGAAUGAUCCAACAUCAGAACAUCGAACAUAUCAAUCAAAAGACCUUCUCUCCAUACCUCCACCUGUACAAAAACCGGAUCAAAGUCUCCGUUUGCUUCUUCGACAACUUCUACAAGACAUUCAUGUAGAUUACCAAAUUGAGGGACCUGUUCAAAGGGAAGUCCAGAUCAAAAUUUCUCGUCACAGUAUGUCAGUGCUCUCAAAAUAUUUGAAUAAUCAUGAAGCCGACAAUCCAGAUGAUAGAGAAGCUGUACGAUCAGCCCUUUCGAAUAUUUUCAAGGUUCUGGAAGCAGCACCUGACCCAACGUGGCAUGAUACGUUUCUCUUCUUACAACCAUUCAUAUUUACUCUCAAUAUAUUCAUCCUCCCAGCAGCGGCUGUGGUUGUAAUUCGUUCGAUUGUUCGUCCGCGAAAUUUUUGGAUUCUUGUGUUUUCAACUGUUCUCAUCAUUUCCAUGUACACUGGUUACAACAAGAAGUAUCAAGAAGCAGAAUCACGGAGAUUUGCUCAAUUCCAAGAGAGCUCACGAGAUGCAUGUGCACCGGAAGGACUUCUCUCAAGAAUGGUCGAGAUCGUCGCAUCACCUUUCCAAUACCGAAAGAAAUCGAAUUGUUUGAAAUAUAUCGAGAGCCAAACUAUAUCAAUUUUCCAUGAAAUCUCAAUUAUCGAAGUGUUCUCAGAAACAAUAUCCAGUGGAUUCUUUGCGGAUCUCUACGACGGUGCUCCAUUGAUCGCCCAAAUCGUUAUGACAUUCUUUCUCAUUUUAAUGGUUGGAACAGUUCGAACGCCGUUUUUCAGUUAUGAACCUAUUUGGCUCACAUUCUGCAGUUCCAGUAUUGGAAAGAUUGCUGGUUGGCUGGAAGGUGGCGAAGUGGAGCAGAAACCAGCUAUCCAACAUCAUCAAACAACCAAAGAGGUGAAAAGAUUAGAACAGGAGAAAAAGAAAAAAACUGCAAUGAUAGAAUAUCCAAGAUCGGAGAAAGAAGACGUCUUGAGUGGAAGCGGAAAUGGGAAAGAGAAAAAGAAAGAGAGCGAAGAGUUGAUGAAGAUGUCAGAAGACUCAGUGGAUUCGGAUUAUACACAGGACGACGACGAUCUGAUCUUACUAGGAGAAUCGAGUGACAGUGAGGAUCGUGAGGAAAAAGUCAGAGAAGCUCUCAAUAAGACUAUCAACACGACAUCAUUAUCAGAGUCAAGCUUCUAA